CCGCACCGAAUCUGGUCGGUUCGGUUUUCGGUUUCGGCCCAGUCAAAACCGAACCGAACCGAAACACUGUUCAUUUACUACAAAACGACGUCGUUUUGGAUUUAACUUCAGAAACCCUAAUGGCCGCCAUAUAUAUAGAUGUUAAAUCCCUUGGUCAAUCUUCAGUCUCUCUCUCGAGAACUUCUCUUCAGCCGCUCUCUCUUCUCUCGCCCUCUCAUUCAUCUCUUCGUCAAUCCUUUCAAUUUUCUCAUCGCCAUAGAGAAUUCGAGAUCCCCAAGGACUAGAUCGAUCAAGCUCACGAGUCUAAGGUCUCGGUUGGGUCAUGAAGACCAGAUCGAUGGCCAUGGAUCUGAGCGGGAUAGUGAAGGAGAUUCUCUCGGUCGAAGGCAAGGAUCUGUAGGAUUUUCAUCGUAGAUUAUCCAGGAGAUUACCGACGGCGAUGUUGAGGUGAUGGUAUGAUUUCAAGCUUUUUCAAUUUCAAAUCUCGCUGCUCUUGAUGCUGGGUUUAUAUCUUUGUUUCAUCGUAGUUUCGUCUUUUUGAUAAACCCAGAUAUGAUGAAUAUUUCUGUUCUUUCGCUUUUGAUUAAUAGUUCUCUGCUUUUUCAGUACCAAUCUUUAUAUUCGUCAGUGAUACAUCUUCUGCACCUUGGUAUCUUAAUGUCGAAAGACCUCUUGAAACAUCAAAGGAAAUGGAAAUCGAUCAGAUCCAGAUUGCUGUUGAAACUGAUGAUGGUUGGAAAACUUAUCAAAAUUGUCAGAUUCUUUUAUGUUGGUGGAAGGCUGGAAGCUGCUUUAGCAGAGCAUGAAAUUUCUGGGUUAAAUUUUCUCUCUAUCAACCGUUUUGAGAGGAAAAAGAAUAUAGACUUGGCGAUUUCAGCUUUUGCCAUGCUUCGCACCCUUGAAGGAGAUGUGCUUCAUGGUCUUAAUCUGGCUGAAGCUUCCUUGACAAUUGCAGGCAAGUUCCUACUUAUUUUCUGUCCAACUGAUCUUAUUGAUCGAGACCUCAUACUAAAUAGUAGAUAAAUAUUCAAAAGUAGGUUUUGUAGGGACAUGUAAUUAAUUACUAGGUGCUCAAUCACCAAGAAGUACGCUCUUACUUGAUUCUGUGAUUAAGCUUGCCCUUUAGGUCCAUUGGUGUCUUGAAUGAUUCAAGUAUUUUGCCAACAAGAACAAUGCUUACUGUUCUUGAUAACUAAUGUGUCCAUGAAUAUUAGUUACUGACCAUGAUGAACAAGGCACUUGAAUAUCAUUGCCUUUCUCUGACUCAGAAGAUCUUUGUUAAUAUAUUUGUUCCUCUAUUGCUUGGGUCUUAUACCUGUAUGCAUUUUGUCUAAUUUUUUUUAUGCUGCAUUGUUACCUUCUGUCUAAUAUUUUUUGUG